AUGGUUAGAUUAUUAUCGUUUAUCGAUAAUCAUUGGCCAUACUUGUUGAUGAUCGGCGUUAUUAUCAUUUUGAAUGAUGUAUGGAUGGCCAAUGGUGAUAAAUCAUUCAUAAUGCGUGGUAUUGAAGAUCAAACUGAAUGGGAUAUGGUACGAUAUCCGUAUAAAUCGGUUUAUGGUCUACCGAAAUCAUUACAAUGUAGUGAUACAAUUCAACAUCAAUUCAAUGAAUGUGAAAAAUCAUCACAUCGAAAAUGGAAAGUUACGAUUGACGAAUAUUUCUAUGAAACGAAAGAAUUUUGCUGCUUCGUUUGGGAUGCGAUGGCUUGUGAAAUAGAAAUAGCAGCAAAAUGUAACCGGAAUUAUUCGCAACAGAUCGAAACAAACACACGACAAUUGUUCACAUCAGUAUGCGAUAAAAUCAGAUCAUCGCAACGAAGUUGGAACUGUUUUUGGACAGAAGACAUGAAAAUCAUUGCCGGUGUGGUUGUCACAGUUAUUACUGUUCUUCUGGUUGUUGUCGGUGCAUACAUUGGAUGUCGACAAUAUCGUGCCAAUGCCAAACUAAAAAAACAAGCAGAAAUUGACAAAAAAAUUAAAUUAGCAACUGAUAAUGUUCAAUCACCUAAAAAAAUCGAUAAUGUUUUACAAAGAAGUGAUGUUGAAAUGAAAGAUAUUAAUCAAGAAAAUGUUAAUGAAAUUAGAAAAGGAAUAAGUACAUUAAAAUUGGAUGAUAAAGGAACAAAACGAAAAGAAACAUCACCACCACCACCAACGGAAAAAAAGAGAAGAACAAAAACACCACCACCAUCUCAACCUUCUAGAUUUAGAUCUAAACGAAAACGAAAAGAAACAUCACCACCACCACCAACGGAAAAAAAGGGAAGAACAAAAACACCACCACCAUCUCAACCUUCUAAAUUUAGAUCUAAACAAAAACGAAAAGAAAUACCAAUGGAAAUAGAUAAUGGACAAUCAUCAUCAUCAGUAUCAUCAAGCCGACAAAAAAAACAAAAAAUAAUACCAAUGGAAAUAGAUGAUCAACAACCAUCAUUAUCAUCAUCAUAUGAUAAUAUUCAUUCAAAAUCAAAAAGAUUAUCACAAGCAGCGCCACCACCAGCAGCAGCAGCAGCACCCGAACAACAACAACCACCACCAAGACCAUCAUCAGCUCCACAAUUAUCAACAACAUCGCCAUCAAAAAUAACGACAAAAGUUGAUUAUUCAAAUUUUCUAAAACAAUUUUUAUCAAAUAUUCAUUCAAAUAAAAAUUUAUUGAUAGCCUAG